CUCUCACACACGCACACACACCCACAUGUAGACGCAGACGACUUGUUUCUCAGCAACGACAGUUUAGUCACCAAGCAAGCACGAAAGGAGACGGUCGACCCUCAACCAUCUGCUACAGAAGUUAAAAAGAAGCGCCACCAUGGGGAAAGGAUGCAUCACAGUCACCAAGUACUUUCUAUUCCUCUUCAACCUCCUCUUCUUUAUCUUUGGAGCAUUGAUCAUGGGCUUUGGCCUGUGGGUCCUCUUUGAUAACCAGAGCUUCAUUGCUGUUCUACAGGAAUCAUCAGACACAGUGAAAGUGGCCUCCUACAUCCUCAUCGCUGUCGGCUCCUUGUCCAUGGCCAUGGGCUUCUUCGGCUGCAUAGGAGCCAUCUACGAAAUCCGUUGUCUGCUGGGUUUGUACUUCACCUGCCUCCUGCUCAUCCUCAUCGCCCAGGUCACUGCUGGAGUUUCAAUUUACCUCCAAAGAGAACCGUUGAAAUAUGAGAUGGCCAAAAUCCUAAAGGACAUGAUAAUCAACUAUACCGGCGAGAACAGGACCACAGAGCACACCUGGGACUACGUUCAGAGGACGAUGAAGUGCUGUGGAUGGACUAGUCCAGGCAACUGGUCUGAGAACGUUUUGAUCAAGAACAACUCCGAGAACCUCUACCCGUGUUCUUGUCGCAAUGUGUCCCUGCCUGGCACCGACAUUAGGGAAGUCGGGAUGUGUGAGCACCUGUCCUCAGAAACACCCAUCUAUCAAACGGGCUGUGCUGCCAGCGUGGAGAAAUGGCUGCUUGACAACUGUGGAGUUAUUCUGGGUAUCUGUGUCGGUGUGGCAGUCAUACAGCUCCUCGGGAUGAUCCUGUCCAUGUGUCUGUGCAAGAGUGUCGUCCAGGAGGAUUAUACCAAAGUACCGAAGUACUGAUCUGAAGUCGGAGCCAGCUUCACACGCAGAUGCAUGGACUCUCUUUCUCUCUCUCUCUUUCCUUGUCUCACUUUCUUAUGAACACACACACACACACACACACACACACACACACACACACACACACACACAUUAAGACAGCUGUCUCCACCACUUGAGCCUCUCCUGCCUUCACAGCUGUUCACAUUUCUCACGCCCCAUAUGUCCCACAAACACACACGCACACAAACACCCACCUUUCAAUCCAUUUUUGACACACUUGUUGGACAGAAGUCUACAAGUUACCAUUGUUGUCUUAUUAUUUUGUAUUUUUUAAGGAGACUUUUUUUUUGGUGGAAGCCUGAGAAUUGUGCAUGUUUGAUACUAUGCAGAGAUUCAUCUAUGUGUUGUUUUUGUUUUUCUUCGCUGACCUCAGUGAAGCGCUUAACAUAGUUAGUAGAGAGAGCACUUUAGUGACACUUGGUGAGCAGAGGGCCCGUGACUGAGGCGCAUGGAGAUGAGAGGGAGGGUGU